AAUCUUCCUCGGGCGCCUGGGCUUAAAGAAGACGGGUUCAUCAACAGGGGAGAAGGAAAUCUCCUGGAAUCUGCGAAGCCCUGUCCAAAUAGGGCCUCGAAUGGGAUGGCAUGGCGUCGAGCAAAAGUGCUCCGCCUGAAAAAACGAUUGAUUAGUUCGGCCUUGGCCGAGAUGAAAACUGAGGAAGCACACCCUUCUAAAAGACCUCAGAUCGGGCCACGGGUUCAAUGGCGAUUCCGGCUUCCGCACUCGUCUGAAUUGGAUAAUGAGGACUCUGAAGCAUCCUCGGUCGCGGAGAGCAAAAUUAAGCCUUCUUGGCUUCCAAUUGAAGUGAAACAGAUCAGAGAGAACGAGAGCCACUCCGCAGCGUCGAUUGUGAAACCCCAACCACCGCCAAAGCUCAAAAUCUGGCACCGCCUUUUCCAAUCUCCUUCACCGAGAACUCCAGAGCUCACCGGAGAAAUUGAUGAGAUCGUCGUAGACCUCCGACCCGCCGCUACCCCUUAUCGAAUCUGCGUCAAAAUCGAAUUGGGUCCAGCCACCGCCGACGCCGAGGUCGUCGGGACUCCCAAGAUCCUCCCCUCUGGCUCGGCGAUUGACCAGAUACACCGGCCGAACUUUAACUCGAGGAGCCUCCUCUCAUCCGCCUCGGCGGUAGCCCGCUCCAGAGCGAGUAAGUCCAUGGUUUGGGCGGUGCCGGCCGUUACUCCGCCCAGGUCGAGUGAGUCCCUGGCUUCGGCGGGACUGGGCACUGCUCCGAUUGAUGUCCGAGGGAGACAGGAUGCAGGCCUGGGUUGGCCGGGUCUGUGGCCUGCCAGGGGCAGCCCACUAUUCCAAGCUGAGGGUUUGGUGGAGACCAGCCCGGUGAAUACUAUGGCUCGUAUAACGGAGGAUCGAGUGGUUCAAUUCUCACUCGAUGAGGUUCAAUCGCUAUGGAACGUAAAAGACGACUGUUGCACGAAGAAGUUUGGCCGGAAAGUGGCAGCUGGGAUCAUUGGUCAAGUGUUGGAGGCUGACGUCUUCUCUUCCAAAGACACUGAUGAACGCUUUGUGAAAGUGCUUGCUCUCAUUGAUUUUGCCAAACCAUUGCGCUCUCAAUUCAUGGCGAUCAGUGAAGAGAUUGGAAGCUUCUGGGUAAAUCUCAAGUCCGAGGGAGGACCCUGUCUUGAAACCCCGGGCUCGCCCGCGUCUUCGAAAGAGUGGAGCAAACUGCCCUAUAAAUUCGCCCCCCAAAGAGGAGGGCCCUACUCCUAUUGGUGCUCUGCUUGA